UAGAGAUGAUCACUUCCUUAUCUAGAAGGUUCAGCCUUUGAGGUUUAUGUUAUUUUUUAUUAUUAUGGCUGAAGAUCAUCAUUACAUUGCAUCCUUUAUCAUUCUUUUCCUCUCUAACACAGGGUUCAGUACUGAAGACACUGUGUUUGUGAUGACAGGAGAUUCUGUACAACUGGAUAUACAGAGUGAUAGCUAUGACUUUUAUGAUAUAGCCUGGAAAAAUGAGAAAUCUGAAAAUGUAGUGAAAUAUUUUUCUCUAUCAAAAGAAAUUAGACAUCACCCUUCUUACAAGGGCAGAGUGGCGUUUAAUACUGAAAGUUUAUCUUUAACCCUGAAGAACAUGAAGAAGACAGACAGUGGAGUUUACAGAGCAAUAGCAAGUGGAGCAUCAGAUAAACUUAUUGCUGAACACAGAGUCUCUGUUAUAGGGAAUGAAAUAAAAAACCCAACUCCUUCUGGUCAAAGUAAUAUUGUGUUCAGUAUUUUGAUGCUGGUGGUUGUUGUUGGAGCGAUUGUGUUUUGUAAUUCAGUGUUUUACUGUUGCUUCAAGAAUGGGAAAGAUGUUCAGAAUGAUGAUAAUGCAGACUAUGAGGAUGUUGAGUCGUUUAAGACUUUGGCCCGGACACAGAUGAUGUCAGAAGACACCUGGACCAGUGUUACAUAUUCCACAAUAUAGUAAUGAAAUGAAUGAAACUUUUAUGCUUUCACAACAUCUUCUGUAAAGAUUUAGACACAACUUAAUUACCUGGACAUAAAUGACUUUUCGUGUCAUGUCAGAUGUCAAUUCUAGUGUAUAAAUGUUUAUGGCCUCUUAUUGUUUUUAUGUCAGUUUUUAUGCUGCUUGUUCCAUUUCAAAUCCCAGCAGUGUGAAUAAACCGGUAACAAACACGUUUAAGUUUAUACUAAAAGAAAUUAAUAAAAUAUAAAAAGUAAUCUGAGUGUUAACCACUGACACAUGCACACACCAACACAUUUUAAAACAUUGAAUCUGUUUACAAUAAAAUCAAGGACAUGAAAGACCUGAUCUGGUUUUUCCCCCUUAUAUUUAGUUUAGCCAGAAAUGAACUUUCUAUUUUUAUUUCUUCACCCUUAAACUGUCAUAACUUUCAGUUUCUGUAUGAAAAACGUUAAAGAUUUUUACUGAAACUUAAGUUUAUUCUCAUUCAGUCUAGUCAUAAUUGAAACAAAGCAGGUUUGGAACAGCAUUAGCUUAAUGACGGACUUAAAUUAAUGGGUGAAAUGGUUCUUUAAAUUUACUGACUGUGUAAGUGAUGGAUUAUAUCAGUGGUUUUCAAACUGGGGGCCGCGAGAUGGUGCCAGGGGGGUCCCCAGUUUUAUGACAUUUUAUAAAAUACAUUCAU